CAAAAAAACUGGUAUAAAAUACACUGCAAGUUACAGAAAAAAAUAUAUUUCGUCUCAAACGCAAUUGAAUUGUACAUUAAGUUCAGACAUUAAGAAGAGACACCAUGUCAAAAUUGACAGUACUCUGUUUACUGGGAGCAGUAUGUUUCGCUCUUGCCGACGACGACGACGAUGACUGUCGCAAACCCUGCCCAAGAAACUACAGCCCGGUGUGCGGAAGUGACGGCAAGACCUACAGCAACCUGUGUGAGCUACUGAACGCCAACUGCGACAGGGAGAAGGGCAGGAAGAUCACAGCGGUCUUCAAUGGGGAGUGUAUCAAGAGAUGCUACAGCGGUGAGGUCAAGCGAGAGUGCCCAGUCAGCGCCUGCUACCUGCUGCUCAACCCCAUCUGUGGCAGCGACGGCAAGACGUACGACAACGACUGCGUGUUGGACGGUGCCAACUGUGGACUGCCGGACGACCAGAAGAUCAAGCCCAAAUCUUGCGGGCCGUGUCCCACUACGUGUAGAAAACCCUGCACCUUCAUCUAUGCACCUGUGUGCGGCAGUGACGGCAAGACCUACGCCAGCCAGUGUGUCCUGGACAACGCGAACUGCGGGAGGGACAGGGACGAGCAGGUCACCGUGGCCUUCCCGGGGGACUGCAUCAAACGCUGUUACCCUGGCAACGAGGUCCGACCCUGCCCUAUAGUCGGCUGUAACAGGAUGCUGAGGCCCGUCUGUGGUAGCGAUGGUAGGACCUACAGCAACGAUUGUUUGUUGGACUCGGCCAACUGCGCCCUGCCUGAGGGUAGGAAGAUUGUACCCAGGUCGUGUGGGCCAUGUAAGAAAAGAGAUGACUAAACCAUAUCGUUGACCCUAUGUCCAUCUUUGAUUUUAUUUAAAACUUUACUUUUAUCUUCAUUGAUGGUAAAAAUAAAAAAAAAGUAAAAUGAACAUAGAUUAUACAUUGUUUCUGGUUUUUAUUCAUUUAUAUAUUUUUUGUUGCGUCUUUAAACAUAAACUUUCUUGUGGGCUGUGAUGACUAAAACAUAUAGAUGAGACUUGUCCAUCUUUGAUUUUAUUUAAAACUUUACUUUAUUUACAGCAUAGGUCAUUAAACAAAACAAAAAUGCUAUGUAAGAAUUA